UAAUUUUCCUCAUUGAUUUAGGUUUUGUGGCGGCGCCCUUCUAUUUUCUUAUUUGUAUAUAUAAUCACUCAUUUUGCUUUGUAAAUAUUAUUUUCUCAAAUCAAAGUUUGUUCGAAUUUGGGGCAUUCAUUGGAUCAAGAAUUUGGAUUUGAUUUGUUUGAGAUUGAAUAAAAAUUCAAUCUUGAUCACCGGAAAUAAGCAGGAUGAGUUUUCCAGAUCCCACACAACCCCUGAAUCCAUUCGCAUCACCGCCAUAUUCCGGCAACGCCGCCGCAUACUGGCCGCCGUUCUGGACCGGCUCCGAGCAACAACAAAUUCCCCAAUUCAAUCAGUCUAAAAGGCCAAGAGCUUCGGAAAAUCCCCCAAAUUUCCCCCCUUUCCAGCCAAUGAAUCAAAGAAUGAACCAAACAAACGCUCCCAUCAACAAGGGGACGAGCCACAUUUUCUACAAGACUCGAAUUUGUGCGAAAUUCACGGAGGGGACUUGCAGGAACGGGGAUCAAUGCACGUUUGCGCACGGCCCUGAGGAUCUGCGCGAGCCGCCCCCGAAUUGGCAGGAGAUCAUCAGGGAGAAGGAGAGGGGCGGCGAUGAUCAGAGGUUGAUACAUAGGAUGAAGAUAUGCAAGAAGUACUACAAUGGGGAGGAGUGUCCUUAUGGGGAUAAAUGCAAUUUCUUGCACGAACGGCCGCCUAAGAAGCUCAAGGUUGAGAUGCCGGGGCAGAGGGAGAGCUUGGCUAUCAGCAUUGGUGUGAUGGGGAGCGCGGGUGAGGCUGACCAGGCGGCCGGGUGGAAGAUGAGGAUUUGUAGUAGAUGGGAGAUGGGGCAGUGUAACUAUGGUGAAAGAUGCCAUUUUGCUCAUGGUAGCUCAGAUUUGAGGUGUUCUGGUUUGAUUGAUGAGGGAGAAGCUACAACAAAUGCAGCGAGAAAAGUAGCUUCCGUGGCUCCACUUCCAGCACCCUGUGCAGCGGUGGCUGUUGCUCCGGUGGAAGAGAAGAGGAUAUCGAAGUGGAAGCUAACGAAGAAGAUUAAUCGCAUUUAUGGCGAUUGGCUAGACAAUCUCACGCCGCCGCAUCUCUCGCCGGAGGUUAUGAAUUAGUAAAGUAAAACCAUGGCAUAUGAUAAAUACAAGGGAUAAUUCAACCCUCCACAGAUUUUGUUAGUGAUUCUUUGCUUUAUUCGAUUCAUCUUCAAUUGUAAUGUAACAUUCAAGUAAUAUAAAGGAAUGGAAUUCGUUCCCAAUUCAUUACUAAA